AUGGGUUCGUCAGAAAAGUUCUUCGAGGUGCGCUCGCCGGCCAGCUUCGCCGCGCGAAUGUGGUCUCGCACGCAGAACUGCGGCGUGCCCGUCGUACCGGACGGAGACGUGAUACUCGUCGUCGGACUCGGCGAGGAGACGACGGAGCUACGCGUGGACUCGCUCAUCCUCAAGCGCGCGUCGAGGGUAUUUGCCGCGAUGCUCGGCCCCCGCUUCAAGGAGGGCCAGAAGCUGCUCGACCGUGGCUCCUCCGAGCCCGUCAAGAUCAACCUUCCCGACGAGGACCCGGAGAUCAUGGAGCUCAUCCUCAACAUCCUGCACCACCAGAACUCGCGCGUCUGCCAGAUCGCCGCGGCGGAUUCGAUUCUCGAAGUGGCCGUCGUGGCGGACAAGUACGACCUCGUCGACGCGCUCAAGUACGCGUCGCAGAUGAUGCUACACUACCAUGAGCCGUCGAUCGAGCACCUCACCGUCGGCGACCUAUGGCGGCUGGGGCUGGCGGCAGGGCUGCUCAACGAGGCCAAGGCUUUCGAGAAGGUUACGAGGACUCUGGUCUGGAAUCAUACUGUGCCAUACAUCCAGCUCGUGGAUGCAGAAGACGUCGUCGACAUCGAAUUCGCGUUGCGCAUGUGCUAUCUUUUGGAAAAGGAGAGACAGGACUUGAAGACCUCCCUGCUGCAGCACAUGCUGCCCAUCAUCUCCACGGGCAACCAACUCCGUCUCGUGGAGAUCAAGGUGGACUCUGCGGAGCACUUUGACGCCUGGCCAGAGCUGAUAAAGCUGUUCGGGGCCAGCCUCAAGGAGACGGCGCGGUUCGCCGAGGGGCUCAUGCUGACCGACCGAAGUCGCCGGGCCGCGGGACCCAACUCGGACUACAUGAGGCACUUCAGAAGCCGCGGCGGCAUACGCCUGGCCGAUGCACGAAAGGGACGAGACUGA